GUGGAGAUUUACUCACACUGGGUUCAAUUUGUUACAGUCUGUUGUUGCCAUGAAAAACUGAUUUUUCACCUUUGAGUAAGAGAAAGAUUAGGUGGGGGGAAAGAAUAAGAAGCACACACUAGUUUACAUCAAUUCAGUGUCCAUGCGUUACAUGAGGCAGCGCUGCAGCUAUUUCUGUUCAGGCAAUUCAUAAGGCAGCCCCACUUGAAGGGUCCUUCCAGCUAAAGGUGACAUUCGCAGUUGCAGCGGACAAGCCGGUUAGAGAAGUCAUAACAAUUACUCAAAAAUAAAGCAUCAUGGCACAGGCAGUCCAGAAACUGGUGGCCAAAGUACCUACUUUGAUCGGAGGUAAGUCUAAUUAUUUUGUUUGGACAUUAGCUAAACGUUGACGCUAUUAAAACAUGCAUGUUAUUGCAGUCCGGCUGAUAGUCAAGCGUGCCUGGUUUAGCUGGCUAUGCUAACUACAUAUCCUUCCGGCUGCAGCUAACUACUCAAAUUUGAUAGCUAACUAACGAUUGACAACGAACAAACCGUCACCCCUUAAUCUCGAAUUAAAACGUCUCUCCAGAUGAACGUUAGCUAGCUAGCUAUAUGACGUUACUCAUUUUAGUACUGUAGUUAGUAACUAACGUUACUAAAUUAACCUGUUAGCUAACUGGCUAACGGUAACUACCUAAUGAUGUAGUCACAGAUUAAUAUUUGAUGUAGGCAGUUAGCUAAAUGUCAACCUCAGUUGUUUUUGACAAUCUGAGUCACCUGACCUAGCUCUCACCUGUAGUCUGAUUUAAUCCGGCUGUAAUACACAAUUAAUUGUUAUAUACAGCCUGACGCAAAUACGUACAAAAUUCGUGUAAAUGGACGGCAGGUAGCCAAGCGGUUAGUGUUGGGCCAGUAUCCGAAAGGUCGCUGGUUCGAACACCCUAACAACAAAGUGAAAAAUCUGUUAUGCCCUUGAGUAAGGCACUUAACCCUAAUGUGCUCCAGGGGCGCCAUACUACUAUGGGCUGACCCUGUAAAACAACACAUUUCACUGGAUGGCAGAUAGAUAGAUAGAUAGAUAGAUAGAUAUAUAGUACCAGUCAAAAGUUUGGACACCUGCUCAUUCAAGGGUUUUUCUUAAUUUUAACUCUUUUUUUUAUUUUUAUUUUUACGUUGUAGAAUAAUAGUGAACACAUCAAAACUAUGAAAUAACACAUGGAAUCAUGUAGUAACCAAAAGUGUUAAGCAAAUGAAAAUAUAUUUGAGAUUCUUCAAAUAGCCACCCUUUGCCUUGAUGACAGCUUUGCACACUCUUGGCAUUCUCUCAACCAGCUUCACCUGGAAUGCUUUUCCAAACAGUCUUGAAUGAGUUCCCACAUGCUGAGCACUUGUUGGCUGCUUUUCCUUAACUCUGCCGCCUGACUCAUCCCAAACCGUCUCAAUUGGGUUGAGAUCGGGGGAUUGUGGAGGCCAGGUCAUCUGAUGCAGCACUCCAUCACUCUCCUUCUUGGUAAAAUAGCCCUAGAGGUGUGUUGGGUCAUUGUCCUGUUGCAAAACAAAUGAUAGUCCCACUAAGCCCAAACCAGAUGAAGGCUUGAUUCACACAGUGUCCUCUGAACAGUUGAUGUUGGUGUCUGUUACUUGAACUCUGUGAAGCAUUGAUUUGGGCUGCAAUCUGAGGUGCAGUGAACUGUAAUGAACUUAUCCUCUGCAGCAGAGGUAACUCUGGGUCUUCCUUUCCUGUGGCGGUCCUCAUCAGAGCCAGUUUCAUCAUAGCGCUUGAUGGAUUUUGCGACUGCAAAGUUCUUGACAUUUUCCAGAUUGACUGACCUUCGUCUUAAAGUAAUGAUGGACUGACUGUCAUUUCUCUUUGCUUAUUUGAGCUGUUCUUGCCAUAAUAUGGACUUGGUCUUUUACCAAAUAGGGCUAUCUUCUGUAUACCCCCCCCCCCCCUACCUUGUCACAACACUGAUUGGCUCAAACGCUUUAAGAAAAUUCCACAAAUUAACUUUUAAACAAGGCACACCUGUUAAUUGAAAUGCAUUCCAGGUGACUACCUCAUGAAGCUGGUAGAGAGAAUGCCAAGAGUGUGCAAAGCUGUCAUCAAGGCAAAGGGUGGCUACUUUGAAGAAUCUCAAAAAAUAUUUGAUUUAACACUUUUUUUUGGUUACCACAUGAUUCCAUAUGUGUUAUUUCAUGGUUUUGAUGUCUAAACUAUUAUUCUACAAUGUAGAAAAUAGUAAAAAUAAAGAAAAACCCUGGAAUGAGUAGGCCUGUCCAAAAUUGACUAUGUGCGUGUAUGUAUGUGUGUAUAUAUAUAUAUAUAUAUAUAUAUUAGUGUGUGUUUUAUUUUAUUUCUCUUUACAAGCCAGGUUGUCUGUGCGGUUUGUCCUUCAACAGGUCGAAAUAUGGUUCGGUUUGGCACUGAGGCAUAGUUAGUUUUAUAUUUGUCAAUGGCUAUCAAUCCUCAAAGAAAUCAAAAAUGUUUUUAAAAAGGUGAUCGUUCUCCACGCUCCUCUAAUUCAGAAUAUACCAUUUUCAUUGUCAUAGCAUACUUGGUUCAAUAACUAUUGACAAGAACCUCAUAUCCAAUAAAACGUACUUUACUUCGGUGCCGACACAUGUAGAACCGAAUCAUAUACCGGCUCUCUAAAAAGUUGGUUAAACGAUACUUUCCUGUGGAUAUUUUGUCUCAAAUUUCAAGCAGCUGAAGGACAAAAGACAAACUGUAAAGUUUAAAUGUAAUUUUAUUAAACAUUCUGGCUUGUAGGGAAUAUUUACACGAUGUUGCAGGUAUUUGCUUCAGGCUGUAUAUACCAAUUAAUUGUAUCUCGCCUGUAAACUCAUUUUUAUGCUGGCUAGCUAUGUUUCUUGUCUAGCUUGACCCAGCAGCGUGCAGCAGAGGACACAUUUCAUGACAUGUACAUUGUUUUUUCAGCCGCUGCCACCUACACCAAGCCCCGUCUAGCGACCUUCUGGCACUAUGCUAAAGUCGAGCUUGUGCCCCCUUCCCCUGCCGAGAUUCCCCAGGCCAUUGUUGGCAUCAAAAACAUCCUCACCGGUGUCAACAGUGGACGCCUUGGACAGACCACAGUGAAGGUGAAAACUGAGAAGAUUGCUUGAGUGUGAAUUACUGUAUAAGUAGCUAGCUAAUUCUUUAUUUUGCCCAUUGGACUCUGACUGUGGGUGUUGUGACCUAUCCAAAAUCUAACAAGUAGUCCCUUCAUAAACAAAAAUAAGUGCUUAAGAUUGACGUAAGCCACAAUCCACUAGAGUAAACAUUAGGCCUACACCCUAACCAUUUGGGAAAUAUGGAAUUGUCUCUUGUCCCCUGAAUAUAUUCACAUGUUGUUUUAAGGUGUGACUUGCUGGUAUUUGUGUGGCAUUAAUCUCAAUAUGCUUUUGUUACAGGAUGCAUUCAGAAAUGGAUUGGUGUGCACUGAAGUGUUGAUGUGGUUCUACAUUGGAGAGUGCAUCGGGAAAGGAGGCAUUGUUGGAUACGCCGUUUAAAUCUGACUGUCUUGUUGCUCUGCUGAGUGUUAUAUGCUCUUAACUUCCACCUCCAAACUGUGGAGAUCCAAUUAAUAAAUGUAUAUUGUUUAAAGAACUUUA